CCACCAUCAACAUCCAGUUGAAAUGUCUCACCCGAUUCGCAAAACGCGUAGGUUGCAGGUAGCGUGCAGUCGAGAACCCGAUGGAUUAUUCGAGGACCUCCGGCAGGGCUAGACUCACCCUCACCAUGGAGCAUGAACCGUGUUAUUAUCCCGGGCCCUUCUCGUUUCCUUUUUCUUGAGCUUGCUCUCCACGCACAACACUACUAGUAUACGAACACGGCCCUCUCUUAUCAAUUCCAGAGACCAGUGGACUACGGCGAAGGACCAUCUCAAACUUGUCGAGGUAUCCAACAUUAAGCCGACAGAUCCGUCACCAUGUACGCCGAUAAAGUACACCGUCACAGAAAACGUCUCUAUCUAGAGCCUCCUGUCAAUGGCUCCACGAUCGUCCGGAGGAAAAUCACCACGAUCGUUCCUACAUCUGAGCAGCAAGCGGCAGUGAUCGAGAAACCGGCUAAACCGGCUCAUUCGCCCCCAGUGCAUGUGUUCGAGCCCGCACCGCCGCCAUCACCGCCGAUGUUUUGCCCAGACCCUCAUCAACCAGUCGCACAUGUUCCAACUCACCCGACACCACCUCAUCACGCCCCUCCAGUCUACGCUCCGAUGCCCGCCCAUCCUCACCACAAUCAUGAAGAUCACAACCGCGAACAUCACAACCUCAAACAUCAUGUCCAUGAACAUACCCGACGGGAGACAGAAAUAGACGUUGGACACACAUACACUCACACAAACACACCUCCUCCGCCAAGGGCACCGGUUCACAACGACAAGCAGCACGUCGACAUCAUAGACGUCAUCGCCGUCGACGUCGAAGAGAAGAAAAAGAAAAAGAAAAAAAGGUCUAAAUCGCGGCACGCCGAACGCAGCCGCAGCCGCAGCCGAGAACGCGACGUCGUCAUCGAGCGAGAGGUGCGGGUUCCCGUACCCGUUCCCGUGCGCGUGCCCGUCCCAGUGCCAGUGCCGGUGAAGGAGGAGCUGGAGACGUAUCGGUACGUAGAGGGCCCCAAGCAGCCGAAGAGGCACUCUGAAUCACUACCUCCGAGAAGGAUGAGGAGCCCGCCGCCACCAAGACUGCCUUACCCGUGGGAGCAGGGCAGGGACAUAUACUCAGCGAGGUCGAAGUCGGCAGUCAGACAUAGGAGUCCGUCGACGACGAGCUUAGAAAGGGAGAUGGAUAGGAUUAAUAUUACGAUUGAGGAGAGGAGGAAGGCGACGUUCGACAGGGACAGGGACAGGGAUAGGAGCUGGGAGAGAGGGUCGUACUACCGCUGAUGGUGCGGGGCUAUUCAAUGGCGUUCUUGCCGCCCUUUGCACUCUUUCGUUCUGUUGCUUCUUUGUUUGGGAUGGUGCUUGGAGCUCGGAGUUUGCUACCUCUACCUUUGGAUUGAGGUGAUUGGAGAAAUGAAUUAGCGAGGGCGCCACUUUCACGAUGGUUUGAUGAAUUUAUGUUGUGCAGCGAUAUCUAGGCAGUGUAGCUACGAUGAUGAUGUUGACGAUCACGAUAUAUAUGACCAUGAUAUUCUCCAUAUGCUGGAAGUUGAAGUGUCGGUACGUCAACAUGCCAACACCUGACAGUUCCUUCUGUACAGUUAGUUUAUAAGGAGUCUUUUAUCCCUUCUCGGUUGUCACACAUAAAAGAACACCU